ACAGACACAUACUAAGUCAAUCUCUGCUUUUCAGAGUGGUACACCACACAAACAAAAACAAACAAUGCAAUGCCAAAUUCUAGCUUGAGAUGUUCACAUAUAAUUAGAACUUUGCUGUAAUUUUAGCGCUCGGGUUAGGACCACAAAUCUCAAGUUAGGAUUGAGCCCUAACUGAAUGUUCUUUUUCCAAACACUAUCCAAAACAGCACAUGUACAGUUGGCAUUCCAAAGCAACAGCUAAAUACAUCAUACCUGGGUCCAAAUACAAAAUCAUUUUAAAUAGUUUGAGCACUUCAGGCCAAAUGGACAGGGUCUUUCUAUUGGUUUAUUAAGCCAGGCAAGCUCAAACAGGCACAGAUAAAUUAUUUGUAAAGAUUGUUCAAGUAUUUGAAGCCCAGGUAUGAAGCAUAUUAACAGCUAGGAAAACAGCGCCAGCAUGAACAAGAAGCUCUACCAUUUCCUCUGUGUCCAGAGGUAAGACCUGAUGGAAAAUGUUAAAACACAGAUUGUUAUUUAGUGGCCAAAACAUCAUCAGCUCAGUCCACAACAUUGGUCAUGGGGGCUCAAACACCACCUAAAUUAGCAGAAAAACAUCACUGAACGUUUAUUCUCCCUAACCACAAAAAAGGCAGGAAGGAAGUCAAGGGAAAACAUGCCCCUUUGGUUUCUGCCAUGAAGUGGAUCUGAUUUUGACCUGAGAAUUACCCACUGACCAUACAGUAUCUGAAUAGCUUUAGGACAUGCAGUCAAUAUUGUUACUGUAACAUUAGGCUAGUCAUUUUUUAUUAGUCAAGAAGAUCUUCAGUCACAGAAAGUUGCACAAUAAACCCAUAACAUUGAAACAGCCAAAGGUCUUCCUGAGAAUGGCAUAAUAGAACACUAAGGGGGAAAACCAAAGUGAGAAAUGAACAAACUGUAAACUAUUAGGGUGUUGCAACGAAUGUCUCCUCCCACUACAACGAAUCAGCAAAUAGCUGCUGAUAAAGAGAACAGGAAUUCAGUUUCAGGCCUGGACAUGAAAAAAAAAACACACACAAAAUGCAUACAGCCUGAUGGUUCAGUGUUAACACUAUCGGAGUGUGGACAGUACAGUAGCCUGUCUGACCAUGUGAACCAGCAGUCUGGAUGGCCAGUUGAUCCUGCUAGUGGUUGAUCCUGCUAGUGGACAACUAGACUAUAGCAGGUCUACUGAAGAACCAGAGGACUGAGUUGGAAUAAUAACGUGGAGGAGAUAGGAGAAAGACAUGGCAAACCUACUAUCUGGGAUACUCUUCUGUCUGUUGGUAGGACUCUCUCUCCAGGACAAUGAAAAGAAACUCAAGACAAAACGAACGGUCCCAGAUGUGUUGAAACCAAAGACGUUCAAAGGCAGGGAAUACCAGUCCAACUGUACAGCUGAGACAGGGCCCCCCAGCCUGGUCCCUCUGUCCCCUGGGCUGGAUGUGAGGCUGGAGGACCCUGCAGCAGCCUACACCACGGGGCUCCUCAGCACCAGGCUCAUCCCCUCAGCCUAUCUCCUGGCCAUGGCAGUGGGCAUCCCCUCUAACGCUUUCAUCCUGGCCUUCCUGAGGCUCCGGGCCAGGUCCUACUCCAUGGCUGUCCUCUACCUGAGCCUGGCCCUCUCCGACCUGCUCCUCCUGCUCUCCCUGGCCCUCCGCAUCCACUACCACCUCAACGGAAACAACUGGGUGUUCGGCGAGGUGGCCUGUCGCAUCGUCACCGCCUGUUUCUACUGCAACGUCUACUGCUCUGCCCACACCAUCGCGUGCAUCAGCCUCAAGCGCUACCUGGCCGUGGUGAGGCCCUUCCUCUACAGUCGGCUGCCCAAGAAGGCCUGGACGCUGGGGGCAAGCCUGGGCAUGUGGGGCCUGUUUGGAGCAGCUGUGGUACCAGAGCUCCUGGUGAGGCAGAGCUUCUUGCUGCCCCGUAUGGGCCUCAUCACCUGCCAUGACAUACUGCCCCUGACGGAGGAUUCCCAUGCCCUGCUGGUGCCCUAUAGGCUGACACUGGUCUGCUUAGGGUUCCUCGUGCCAUUUGUGACCUGUGCCUGGACCCAUGUGGCGGUGGUGUGGCACCUGGGUCGCUCAGGCCUCGACUGGACACCCUUCAUCAGGCUGUCUGGACCCAUUCCUGUGUGUGCUCAUGUCCAGGACAACCACCUCCAGACUACGCUUUGCUUCGCUCAGAAGGACACCUCAGAGACUUGCUGUUCCGGUGUAGAGACUCUCUCUCUGUGUGUGUGUGUGUGUGUGUGUGUGUGUGUGUGUGUGUGUGUGUGUGUGUGUGUGUGUGUGUGUGUGUGUGUGUGUGAGAGAGAGAAAGAAGGCCGAUUUAAAGCAAUGCUAUUCAAGUGAUAGACUGCUGCAGAGUUUUAAAACAGCUGCAAAAUAAUAAUAAUUUACAAUUAAAAAACAAGGUGACCCUCAAAAGCCAGAUGGAGUUGGGUAAAUUAGACACGCAUUCGGUCUUUAUAUUACUGUGGUAUAGGUUAUGCUGCAGCAAACGCAGGCCUACCUGUCACAAGAAAGAAAAAAAUAGUGACCAUAAUGAGAUGAUAGGUCUACAUGCAUUGUGUACUGCCCUCCAUACUGAGAUGGGUCUGUCCCCACCCUAAGAGUUGAUUCAUCAUGCAGAGGUUGUAGUGAAGCCAGAUGUAGACAUUGCAUACAAUUUAACAGUUCCAUUUCAGACUAUGCUAUUCAUAUAAAUAUUUUAUUAUAACUUACCGGUUUCUCGCAGUUAUUUAUCCUGGGAAAAGAGUGGUUUUGGGUGGGAAAUCCCGGUAAAUGGGUUCCGCCAUUCUUAUGACUGACUGCAUUUCACACUACUUCUGGAUUAUAAUUGGACUGUAAAGCUUGUAUGAAUGUCCUGCUUAAUAUAAUGUUUGUGUCAUCAUCACAAAAAUGGCACUUUGGCUAGCUUUGGUACAGUCUAUGUCAAUCAGUGUUAAUAUUCUAGUUAAUAACCUCUACAGGAUCGGUAUCCCUAUACUGGGAUGGUUGUUGCUAACGUGCACUAACGUGACUAGAAUGACAUUGUAAGCAACAGCCAACUUUCCAGGACAUACAGUGCCUUGCAGAAGUAUUCAUCCCCUUGGCGUUUUUCCUAUUUUGUUGCAUUACAACCUGCAAUUUAAAUGGAUUUUUAUUUUUUUUAUUUCGAUUUCAUGUAAUGGACAUAAACAAAAUACUCCAAAUUAUGAAAGUGAAAUGAAAAAAAUAACUGGUUUCAAAAAUGUAAAAAAGAAUAUUAAAAUUGGUGUGUGCAUAUGUAUUCACCCCCUUUGCCACGAAUCCCCUAAAUAAGAUCUGGUGCAAAGAAUUACCUUCAGAAGUCACGUAAUUAGUUAAAUAAAGUCCACCUGUGUGCUUUGCAAGUGUAAAUCCUAUCAGCAUAUCGAUUGCGCAACCAGGGCUGGCAAAACCCUAGAUCAUUGCUAUUCUAACUUCCGUGACACAUAUAAGGCCCUCCCCUGCCCUCCAUUCGGAAAAGCUGACCACGACUCCAUUUUGCCGUUUCCAACCUAUAGACAGAAACUAAAACAGGAAGCUCCCGCGCUCAGGUCUGUUCAAUGCUGGUCUGACCAAUCGGAUUCCACACUUCAAGAUCGCUUCGAUCACGUGGACUGGGAAAUGUUCCGCAUUGAUGAAUACGCUGAUUCGGUGAGCGGGUUUAUUAGCAAGUGCAUCGGCGAUGUCGUACCCACAGCUUCUAUUAAAACAUUCCCAAACCAGAAACUGUGGAUUGAUUGCAGCAUUCGCACAAAACUGAAAGCGUGAACCACUGCUUUUAAUCAGGGCAAGGUGACCGGAAACAUGACCGAAUACAAACAGUGUAGCUAUUCCAUCCGCAAGGCAAUCAAACAAGCUAAGCGUCAGUAUAGAGACAAAGUAGAGUCGCAAUUCAACGGCUCAGACAUGAGAGGUAUGUGGCAGGGUCUACAGUCAAUCACGUACUAUAAAAGGAAAACCAGCCCCGUCGCGGACUAGGAUGUCUUGCUCCAAGACAGACUAAACAACUUCUUUUCUCGCAUUGAGGACGAUACAGUGACACUGACACGGCCCGCUACCAAAACCUGUGGGCUCUCCUUCACUGCAGCCGACGUGAGCAAAACAUUUAAACGUGUCAACCCUCGCAAGGCUGCAGGCCCAGACGGCAUCCCCAGCCGCGCGUCCUCAGAGCAUGCGCAGACCAGCUGGCUGGUGCGUUUACGGACAUAUUCAAUUCAAAUCUUAUCCCAGUUUGCGGUCCCCACAUGCUUCAAGAGGGCCACAAUUGUUCCUGUUCCCAAGAAAGCUAAGGUAACUGAGCUAAAUGACUACUGCCCCGUAGCACUCACUUCCGUCAUCAUGAAGUGCUUUGAGAGACUAGUCAAGCACCAUAUCACCUCCACCCUACCUGACACCCUAGACCCACUCCAAUUUGCUUACCGCCCAAAUAGGUCCAAAGACGGCGCAAUUGCAAAUCACACUGCCCACUGCCCUAACGCAUCUGGACAAGAGGAAUACCUAUGUGAGAAUGCUGUUCAUUGACUGCAGCUCAGCAUUUAACACCAUAGUACCCUCCAAACGUGUCAUCAAGCUUGAGACCCUGGGUCUCAACCCCGCCCUGUGCAACUGGGUCCUGGACUUCCUGACGGGCCGCCCCCAGGUGGUGAGGGUAGGCAACAACAUCUCCACCCCGCUGAUCCACAACACUGGGGCCCCACAAGGGUUCUCAGCCCUCUCCUGUACUCCCUGUUCACCCACGACUGCGUGGCCAUGCACGCCUCCAACUCAAUCAUCAAGUUUGCAGACGACACUACAGUGGUAGGCUUGAUUAACAACAACGACGAGACUGCCUACAGGGAGGAGGUGAGGGCCGGUGAGGUGAGGAGGAGUGUGGUGUCAGGAAAAUGACCUCACACAACGUCAACAAAACAAAAAGGAGAUGAUCGUGGACCUCAGGAAACUGCAGAGGGAGCAGCCCCCCUAUCCACAUCGACGGGACAGUAGUGGAGAGGGUAGAAAGUUAAGUUCCUCGGCAUACACAUCACGGACAAACUGAAAUGGUCCAACCACACAGACAGGGUGGUGAAGAAGGCGCAGCAGUGCCUCUUCAACCUCAGGAGGCUGAAGAAAUUCAGCUGGUCACCAAAAACACUCACAAACUUUUAUAGAUGCACAAUCGAGAGCAUCCUGUCGGGCUGUAUCACCGCCUGGUACGUCAACUGCACCGCUCUCCAGAGGGUAGUGAGGUCUGCACAACGCAUCACCGGGGGCAAACUACCUGCCCUCCAGGACACCUACACCACCCGAUGUCACAGGAAGGCCAAAAAGAUCAUCAAGGACAACAAACCCCCGAGCCACUGCCUGUUCACCCCGCUAUCAUCCAGAAGGCGAGGUCAGUACAGUUGCAUCAAAGCAGGGACCGAGAGACUGAAAAACAGCUUCUAUCUCAAGGCCAUCAGACUGUUAAACAGCCACCACUAACAUUGAGUGGCUGCUGCCAACAUACUAACUCAACUCCAGCCACUUUAAUAAUGGAAAAAUGGAUGUAAUAAAUGUAUCACUAGCCACUUUAAACAAUGCCACUUCAUAUGUUUACAUACCCUACAUUACUCAUCUCAUAUGUAUAUACUGUACUCUAUACCAUCCACUGCAUCUUGCCUAUGCCGUUCUAUACCAUCACUCAUUCAUAUAUAUUUUUUUUAUGUACAUAUUCUUAUUCAUUCCUUUACAAUUGUGUGUAUAAGGUAGUUGUGAAAUUGUUAGGUUAGAUUACUUGUUGGAUAUUACUGCAUUGUCGGAAAUAGAAGCACAAGCAUUUCGCUACACUCGCAUUAACAUCUGCUAACCAUGUGUAUGUGACAAAUACAAUUUGAUAAAUAGCCUCUACAAUCUAUGAAAACAUAUUUUUUCUAUCUUGGAAAGCUGUAAGUGUUAUAAUAUGAUACAGUACUUGUUGCUCUAAGUCCUAUCAUCAACUGAUUUGAGCAGAUCAUUUAAAAAAUGUGUGGAAUCACUACACUUAAACUGUCUGGCUGGCUAGCUAACAAACAUACUGUGCAGAUAAUCUUAAAAAGCAUUGUUUUCCACAAUAUCUUAUCACAGCACUGGCUGACUGAUGGCUUACCAAUUGCCUUACCAAAAUCGCUGACCAUUUAUACCGUCAUAGAAGGUUUCAUGUCCAUUCUAGUAUUGAUGGUUUCAUUUGUGUACUUCAUCAGCAAGGAUGUCCUGAAAAGCCAGCUGGCAGCAACAGUGAUGACAAAAACAAUUCUCCCAGAGGAUGUUAAGAAACCAGACAGUGUUGGAGCCAAAAAGGACAUGACUACUUCAAAGUUACCUUCAUGUACUGUUAUGUCUUGUUCACAAUGACAACUUGAAAAUAAUACCCUUUCAGUACACAUGAAGUGUAUUCAUGUGGGCCUAUUCCCAUACAUUAAUUUGUUAAUUAAUUCUCAUUUUACUGAAUAUUUAAAAUGGUCCAUAUUGAUAGAAGGAGCAGGGUUUAGAUAAAGGUGAGGGCUGGUUCAUACCUGUGCUCCAGACAGACCUGUUACAGCAUGCUCCCAUUAAUCAGUGACCAUCUCAUUCAUGUCUCCGGCCCUCCCUCUUAUUAAGUCUAGGUUACAGAUCUAGUGUGCGUCCCAAAUGGCACCAUAUUCCCUAUAUAGUGUGCUACUUUUGACCAGAGCACUGGGCGCUGAUCAAAAGUAACGCACUAUAUAGUGAAUAGGGCAACCUAGAUCUGUAAGAUCUGAUCAACAGCUGUGAUCCCGAGCCUCUGAGUAGCACUCUGUCCAUGAAAUGUAUUUAAUUCUUGCUAGCUGGAGUCUCAGAGGCUGAUGUAACAAUUUGAUGAACAAUAUUAAUUUGAGGCAAGUCCUGAAGACACCUAGUAAAAAAACUGCGACAUAGUGGUAUCGUCGAUAACAACUAGACUGACCGGAAAUUGCCAGACCGAUAGGAAGUGUGAUCUUUUGACUUUUGAUCAUGGAAUGUGCAUAAAGCCUAAUCAUGGGCAUGGAUUCUAUAAGGUGUUGAAAGCAUUCCACAGAGAUGCUGGCCCAUGACUCCAAUACUUCCCACAGUUGUGUCAAGUUGGCUGGGUGUCCUUUGGGUGGUGGACCAUUCUUGAUACACAUGUGAAACUGUUGAGUGAAAAACCCAGCAGCAUUGCAGUUCUUGACAUACAAACCGGUAAGCUUGGCAACUACUCCCAUACCCCAUUCAUCAAAAGGUACUUAAAUCUUUUGUCUUGCCCAUUCACCCUCUGAGUGGCACACAUACACAAUCCAUGUUUUGUACACUCAGUGUAGGAUCUCAU